AUGAUGGACCAGGGCGUGCUGCGCGACGCGCUGCGUCACUUGUGCGGCGACUUGACUUUCCUCGAGGCGUUCGACCGCACCGGCCGGGUGCUGAACAUCGUCGUCACGCGCUCGGAUGGACGCGCGCCGCCGCUGCUCUGCAACUACCUCACGACGCCGCAGAUGGUCGUCUACUCGGCGUCGCUCGCGUCGUGCUCCAUCCCCGGCGUGUACGACGCGGUCGAGCUGAUGGCAAAGGACCGCCACGGCGCCCUCGUCCCGUACUUCAAGACGGGCGGACACCGGUGGCUGGAUGGCGGGGCGGGCAGCCAGCUGACCUGGAAGGUGGCGCCUCUUCACGCCACGUGGACGGACGGCGGCUUGCAGGCCGACCUCCCCAAGCAGGGGCUGACCGAGCUUUUCAACGUCAACCAGUUCAUCGUCUCGCAAGUCAACCCCGUCGCCCCGCUCGUCGUGCCCGCCCCCGCGCCGCCCCUCGUCACCGAAACACUCCUCUGCCUCAAGCACCAGCUGCUCGGCGCCCUGUCCGGCCUAAGCCAGUUCGCCUCCGGCCACCUCAUCCGGCCCUUCGGCUUCCGGGUCGCCGACAUGUUCCUGCAGGAGUACGAGGGCACCGUCACUAUCUACCCGCGCUGGUCCGUCCUCGAGCUCCUGUCCUUCCUCUCCAACUUUACCGUCUCGCGCGUCGAGGCGUACAUCCUCGACGGCGAGCGAGCCACCUGGCCUCACCUCGAGCUCAUCCGCUCUCUCACCGACAUCGAGUACACUCUCGACGCGGUGGCGGCCGAGCUGCAGUGCGUCGUCCACGGGAAGCUGAUGCGCCAGCACUCGCGCUCCUCGUACGGCGGCUCGUCGGCCCAGCUCGCAGAGAUGGGGAACAGCAGGCCCUCGCGCGCCAACUCCAACGCAGACGAGCAGCCCGCCGACGCGGCGAGCAGCACGCCGCGCAAGAUGGUCGGCGUCGCAUCGCACGCCUCGCUCUUUGCGCUCGGGUCGUCACUCGACCUCGCCGGCGGCGGGGAUGAGCCUCCGGCCUCGGUCGGGUUUAGCCUCUGA